UAGACUGAAAUAGACCGGAAUUGGAUUACAGUACGUCGGAUGAGCCCCUCUAGCUGUUAGCUGAAGCUGUAAUUUAGUAUUCCGUAAUAAGAGUUUUAUUAGUGUUAAUGGAGUGAGGGUAACUCUGCGGAAAUGUCGGACAGUGAUAUAAUCAGACCCGCUCCGCCUCCCGGGUUAAGAAACAGCGCCAUCGGAGAAUCAGAGGAAGACGACAAAAUUAUAGGUCCAGCACUGCCCCCUCUUUAUAAAGCUGCCGGAUCCAGUUCAUCAGAAGACAGCGAUCGAGAGGAGGUUGUGUUCAAAAGAGCCAAAUACUCAGGAUCAGGAGAUGGUUCAUCAUCACACAGCAGGUCUCUCAGAGAGGAGCAACCAGUUAGCAAACCUCAUGUGAAUGAAGAUGAUGAUGAUGAUGAUGAUGAUGAUGAUGGGUUUUUUGGUCCAGCCCUGCCUCCAGGAUACCAAAAGCAAGAGAGAUCACCUGACAGACCACCGGUGCUUGGACCUGCUUUGCCUCCAGGCUUUAAAAAACAGCAUUACGAGGAUGAGGAGGAGGAUGAAGGCAAUGGUGCCGUAGGUCCAGCGCUUCCACCGGGCUACCAGGCAGAGUCAUCCAGCAGUGAGGAAGAGGAUGACGGGACCUUUGGGCCAAUGCCAGCAACAGGGGCUGCUCAGAGCUCAGUGGCCUUAGACUUUGAGAGAAGGGCAAAAAAAAUGAGGGACAAACUCCUGGGACUGGACGAAGAGCCAGAAGAGCUGAAGAGAGAGAGCUGGAUGACCGAGCUUCCUCCUGAGCUGCAGCACAUUGGGCUUGGUGCGCGUACCUUUAAGAAGAGGUCCGGCCCUGAGAAUAAAGACCGGUCCAUCUGGACGGACACGCCUGCUGACCGGGAACGCAAAGCAAAGGAACGACAAGAGGCGAAGGAAAAGGGUCUGCCAGCCAAAGAGGAAGCCCCUCGUCUUCCCCAGAAGGAUGUAGCCAUGGCAGAGAAAGUGUCAAAAUACAAUGAGUCCAAGAGAGGCGAAUCUCUAAUGAGUAUGCACGCUAAGAAAAUGAAGCAGAAAGCUGAAGAGGACUCCAACAAACCUGUGGAGAGGAGGCCCUUCGACAGAGAUGCUGACCUGCAGGUCAACCGCUUUGAUGAGGCUCAGAAGAAGGCCUUGCUGAAGAAAUCUCAGGAGCUAAACACACGCUUUUCACACAGCAAAGAGAAAAUGUUCCUCUGAGAAUCAACUAUCAUAGAGUUCAUAUUAAGAAGAAUUUAAGGGGAGGGUAAACCAAACAAAGCUAGCUAAUGUCACUGAAACUUACAAAGUACAGAUUAGUUUCCAUUCAUCAAUAGCACUGAAUAUCAGGGAUUUAGCUACUUGGGAGUUCUGUGUGUGUCAAACAUACAGUGAUAAAAUUAAAUGAGUUAACAUGGCUGCCAAUGGCCAAUUACACUAGACAGUACAGUAAAGUUUAAAACGGUUAGCCUUAUAUUGCUAGUUUUUUAGAGGAAGAGGUAUAGAAAUGAUUGACAUUAGAAUACACAAAAUCACAAUUGGGUUCACACAGUAGUUUUGGCAUUGCCAUUUACAACAAAGUGAUUAUCCCAGGAUUCUCUUUCAUUAAUUUGGAACAGUUUAUUUCAUAUAGUGCCGUCUGUAAUGUGUUAAAUAAGAAGGACAGUAUAAAUGUUGGCAUGUCCAAAGUAUUUCCACAUGUACACACAAAUAAAUUUAUUUUCAGUCGUUAUAGAUCCAAAUGUGAGAACAGUAAAAGAUAAUAAAUAAAGAAAGUAAACUAAUUUCAGGUGUAUUAAGUCACACUCUCUACACCUGACAGCGAGAUGGAAGGCAACACUCCUAAACCACUACAGUUCCCACAAUACCAUGCAAAUUUAACAGCUUACAGUUUUGUGGCAGCAGACACUUUGUGAAAUUUCCAUAUUUACACCUAAUGGGCUGUAUCACAUUUCAUUAGGCUUUAAACUGGGUUAGGCAAACAGUGACUAGUGCUAGUGACUAUCAUAGAUUCAUUUGUUUAUCAAUAAGAGUCUUCAUUCUUGACAAUAUUACCCAAACAAAACACAAAACCAAUAAUUUCCUUCUUUUUUAUCAUCUGUAUAACCCAAACCUGUUUCUAUUGAAUAAUAAUUAAUGUAAAUAUCAUCUCAACAGUUUGCCUUUUAUGUUUCCUGAAUAUUGUGUUGUGUAGAAAAAUAUAAAAUAUGAAAGAAAUAAUAUACAGCACAGGUGCAAGUUGUUCAGGAUACAGUGCAAUUGUACAGUUAAAUGUUCUGUGAUGUAUGCAGAAUAUAGAGGUGAUUUCUAGCUUUUUAUAUGUAAAUGUGAUUUUUUUUUAUUGUUUGUUUAUCCCAGUGUGCUGUUAUUUUUUAUGCUUUGUUUAAUGUUACUCUAGUUAAAUAAAUUCAAUUACAUUUCAACAUAUUCAUCCUGAAAAGUGUUUUAUGCAGGUUUUACUUCAAUAAAUACCCACCCCUUUUCCUACCUCCUCAUAUUUGGAUUUUUUUUUUUUUUCGUUCAUUUUUUUUGUUUUUUUUUAAGAUUAGUUCAUUUUUUUACUUAAAUAUAGUUUUAGGCUUAUUUGUUUGUAUUUGUUUUUUGAAAUGACCUACCAAACUUGCAAAUAAAUCUCAGAAUCUCAGACAGAAACAUGCCUUUUGUCAUUGUACUGAAUAAAAAUAACAAAAGGAUUAUA